UGUUUUUAACUCUUUCUCUUUGGUUUACUGUGAACUGUGAAGUUACGAAACACACACAUAGUAUGGAAAAAUUUCAUGACAUGUUGUGAUUGUGUUGUGAGACUAGUUUCCACCUCGUACAAAUGUCGCUAUUUUGAUUUGAAUAUAAAAUUUGUCGAUAUCUCAUUCCCUCUUUUUGCUUUAGCGUUGAUAAAGUACAUUUAAAAUAUAAAUCAAAUAAAUGAAUUGUUAUUGUCAAGUUUGACAUUCACAUUGCACUUUGAUUUAGUCGAAACUUGUUUGAGAACGUGUUUCUUUUGUUUACGCAACGUCGCGAUGAACAUGGAGUGGACAAAAGCCGAAACAAUAAAAUUUAUAAAUCUUUUAAAAGGAUUUCCAUGUUUAUGGAACAGUCAAAACAAAGAUUUUAAAAACCGACAGAAACGUCGCGAGGCUUUGGACUAUAUAGCCCAAGAAUCAAAUACAGAUACAAGAGCUGUGGAAAAAAAAAUGGUAUCUUUAAGAACUCAGUACAAUAGAGAGAUAAAUAAAAUUAGAACGAAGACACAUGCGGGCUAUGAACAGCCAACAUCCAGUUGGUAUGCUUAUGAUCUUCUGCACUUCUUAAAAGAUAACAGUAGUCCCAAACCUGCUAAAGAUUCGUUUACAAUUACAUUCACUCCAAAUAAAAAGGAAGAAUAUGGUGAUCCUUAUGACUCCAGCUCAAAUCUAUCCCCAACAAACACACAACAAUCACAGCUGUCGAGAAGGUCAAAGAUGAGAAAUAGUGUGAACCAGAUGAAAACAUUGAAUUUAUUAAACCAUGCAUCAAAUGCAAUAAUAAACAGACAGAAAAAAGAUGAGUUUUCCAUUUUUGGAGAAGCAGUUGCGAGUGAACUACGUGAUAUAAAAUCAAGAAAAGAAGUGAUAGAGCUGAAAAAAAAUAUAAUGGAUAUGAUUUACAUUACGAAGAUGAACAUUUUAGACACAGAAAAAUCCACACCGGCUUCACCUCCUCCAACCACAGAGGCAAAUUUAAAUGAAAAAGAAAAUACAUCUGGUAGUUCUGAUAUACAUUCAAUUUUAGGAAAGGUUGAAGUAGCUAUGGAUGGUGAAUGGAUGAAUGGAGACUCAUAAAAUAUGACUUGUGUAUGACAAAUGGUGUGGUACACUCUUACAUUCAUAUCACAUACCCAGUAGGUGUCGGCCACAUGGGUGCUGUGGUAGUUCUUUGUCCUUAAAUUAAGGAAAGGUUCAUGAGAAAUAACUACAUAAGUCUAAGAUUUAUUUUCAUCUUAUCGUUUAAUAUGAAAGAAUUGGUCUAGAUGUCAAGUCAGAUAGCAAGAUCUGGAGGAAAGAUGUUGACUUACCUUUCAAAAUGUUUUAGUAAUGGAAUAAUUUAUGAUUUAAUAAGUAUUAAGAUUUUUAUUAUUUUUGCUCCACUGACAUGUAAUGUUUUUAUGUAUCUGUUCAUAUUAUACAGAGCCCCAAGCUAAUCUGGGUCGGAAAAAUCUUGUGUCUGUUUGCAAUUCUCAGGAGGGCGCUAGUGGGCUGUCAUAAUUUUAGUUUGAUUUAGGGUCUGAUAACGGUCUUUCUAUAAAUAUUAUUUCAAGUCAAGAUUAAAACUGUGUAAAUAUAUUGUCGAUUUAAAUAAAGCAUUGCUUAGAACUUGAGUUGAAAUGUAUGUCCAUUUCAUUUGAUCUGUAGCUCAAAUGAUGUAAUCAAGUAUGAAGUUAAUAUGAUUUUGCUCACUAGCAUUUUAGGGGCACCUUCAGUGGGGUUGUUUUUUUAAUGUUAA